AAGCAUCGACCGUUUCACGUCCAGCCUGUGGAAUUGUGGAUGCCUCCCGGUACUACAAUCCCCAGAAGCGCCCGGUUGGCCGUCCACUGUGGCAGGGUUUCUGUAUACGUGUGUGAAGGAUUCCUCCAACUGUAAACAGAAGCAACCGUGGGGAGUAUGUGGCAGUGGAAAUGAACGCCGAGGUGUAGGAAAUCGAAACAGCAGAUUUAAAAGAUGUGGCUUAAACCCGAGGAGGUGCUGCUGAAGAAUGCACUGAAGCUCUGGGCGACGGAGAAGUCCAACGAUUACUUCGUUCUGCAGAGGAGGCGAGGGUAUGGGGAGGGCGGAGGAGGGCUGACAGGUCUCCUUGUGGGCACACUGGAUGCUGUCCUCGACUCCACGGCUAAAGUUGCGCCAUUUCGCAUCCUGCAUCAGACACCCGACUCCCAGGUCUACUGGUCCAUAGCGUGCGGUGCCACCAGCGAGGAGAUAGUGAAGCACUGGGAAUGGCUGCAGAAGAAUAUCAUGAGCACGCUCUCUGUGUUCGAUUCCAGCGAGGAUAUUACCAGCUUCGUCCAGGGAAAAAUAAGGGGUCUGAUCGCGGAGGAGGGGAAGAGCUCCCUGGUGAAGGAGGAGGACCCCGAGAAGUUCCGUGAGGCGCUGCUGCGCUUCCAGAAGUGGUUCGGCCUGCCGAAGAAGGAGAAGCUGGUCACCUAUUACUCCUGCAGCUACUGGAGAGGGAGGGUCCCCUGCCAGGGCUGGCUCUACCUGAGCACCAACUUUCUGAGCUUCUACUCCUUCCUGCUCGGAGCCGAAGUGAAGAUCAUCAUCUCCUGGGAUGAGAUGUGGAAGCUGGAGAAGACGUCCACAGUGCUCCUGACGGAGGGCAUCCACGUGAGGGCGCGGGGCGAGGAUUAUGACUUCUCCAUGUUCCUGCACCUCAACGAGACCUUCCUGCUGAUGGAGCAGCUGGCUGACUACUCUCUCAGGAGGCUCUUUGACAAGGAGACCUUUGAGGGAGAUCCGGCCCUGAGAGACCCGCUGCAGAUCACCAAGCGAGGUCUGGAGACUCGUGCUCGGAACGAGCAGUUCAGGGCGUUCUUCCGUCUUUGUCGCAGUGAGAACCUGCUGGAAGUGCACGAGAGCUUCCUGUGGGUGCCCUUCAGCCAGUUCAACACGCUGGGCAAGAUCUGUGUGUCCGAGAGCUACCUGUGCUUCGCCAGCCAGGAUGGGAGCCAGUGCUACGUCAUCAUCCCUCUCCGUGAGGUUUUAGGUGUGGAGACGCCGGACAAUGGCAGCAAAGCGCUCACUGUGUGUGUGCGAGGGAAGAGAGCACUGCGCUUUACAGAGGUCAGAGAUUUUGUGCACCUGGCUGCCAAAAUCCGCAGGAAGUGUGGGGCAGGCGCGAGCCCCCAGCACAGCGGCAGUGGAGAGGUCCCUGCGGAGGUGUGCCAGGCCCUCAUUGAGCAUUUCGAGGACAAUCCUGAGGAGGAGGCGCUGAUGGUGGGGCAGAGGGGCAGCAGCAGGGCCGUGAGCACCGAGGCUCUCAUGACCGUCUUCCACCCGCAAGACGCAGAAAACCUCGAUCCCAAAAUGCUGAAAGAGAAGAUGAAGGAGCAGUCAUGGAACAUUCACUUUGCUGAGUACGGCCGGGGGGUCAGCAUGUUCCGCACCAGUAAGACUCGAGACCUGAUCAUGCGUGGCGUUCCUGAGGCCUUACGAGGAGAACUCUGGAUGCUUUUCUCAGGCGCAGUUAACGACAUGGCCAUGCACCCCGGCUGUUACGCUGAGCUGGUGGAGAAGUCUGUGGGCACCAGCACGCUGGCGACUGACGAGAUCGAGAGGGACCUACAUCGCUCCCUCCCUGAGCACCCCGCGUUCCAGAGCGACACAGGCAUCUCUGCCCUGCGCAGGGUCCUCACCGCAUACGCCUACAGGAACCCCAAGAUCGGGUACUGCCAGGCGAUGAAUAUCCUGACGUCGGUCCUGCUUCUGUAUGCGAAAGAGGAGGAGGCCUUCUGGUUACUGGUGGCAGUGUGUGAGCGCAUGCUGCCUGAUUACUUCAACCGCAGGAUCAUUGGUGCCUUGGUGGACCAGGCCGUGUUCGAGGAGCUGAUUGGUGCCCGGCUGCCACAGCUGACGGAUCACAUGACCGACAUGACGUUCUUCUCGUCGGUGUCCCUCUCCUGGUUCCUCACGCUCUUCAUCAGCGUGCUGCCCAUCGAGAGCGCCGUCAACGUGGUCGACUGCUUCUUCUACGAUGGCAUCAAGGCUGUCCUGCAGCUGGGGCUGGCCGUGCUGGACUACAACAUGGAGAGGCUGCUCCGCUGCCAUGACGACGCAGAGGCUGUCACCAUCCUCAACAAGUUUUUCGAUAACGUUACCAACAAAGACAGCCCUCUCCCAUCCACAGUCCAGCAGGCCCCAGUGGGGAAUGACGGGAGCAAGUCUCAGGUCAAAGUGGACAUCACGGAUCUCAUCCGGGAGGCCUACGAGAAAUACGGAGACCUCCGUUCAGAGGAAGUGGAAGGACUGAGGCGAAGGAACAGACUGUAUGUGAUUCACACUCUGGAGGACACGACCAAACAAAACGUUCUCAGGGUUGUCUCCCAGGAUGUAAAGUUCAGUGCAGGUGACCUGGAUGAGCUGUAUGAGUUGUUUAAGAAACAGCACUUCCUGAGCUGCUACUGGAGUAUGAGCGGUCCUGCGCUGACGCACCAUGACCCCAGUCUGCCCUACCUGGAGCAGUACCAGCUGGGCAGUGGGGAGUUCCGGGCGCUCUACUGCCUGCUGAGCCCAUGGGCACACUGCUCCAGUCGGGACGCCCUCGCCCUCGCCACCUUCCGCCUGCUGGACGAGAACCAGGAUGGACUUGUCAACUUCAAGGAGUUCUGCUGCGGACUGGAUGUGCUAUACAGCGGAAGCUUCACAGAAAAACUGAAGUUCCUUUUCAAGCUGCACUUACUACCAGCUCUCUCAGAACCUGUAGAAACAGGGAGCCCUGUGGUUUCAAAGGUCUGCACGCUUUCCAAGGAAGGUCUGAUGCACUUGAGUCGGCUCGAUGUGUUGUUACCUGGCGUUUCCCAGGAUGGAGUGAUAAGAAAGAGCCCAGAGAGAGGGAAAGGCAAGGUUGACCUUCAGGCAUACCUCAAACAAUGGCAGGAUGAGCUUCUGAAGAAAGAAGAAAGCAUCAAGGAUUUACCCAGAAUAAACCAGUCCCAGUUCAUUCAGUUCUCCAAGACCCUGUAUAACCUCUUCCACGGGGCCCCCGAGGAGGAGUCCCUGUACAGGGCCGUCACCACGGUCACCAGCCUCCUCCUGAGGAUGGAGGAAGUGGGGCGCAGGCUGCAGGGCGCACAGGGAGAGGGGAGCACCUCCCACACGGGCACGGCAGACAGCAUCCCGCUCAGGGAGGAGGAGGAGAAGGAAUGGUCCUUCGCCUUUGAACAGAUCCUCGCCUCGCUGCUCAACGAGCCGGUGCUGGUCCGGUUCUUCGAGAAGCCUGAGGACAUGCGGGCCCAUCUGGACCACGCCAGGGAGGCUCAGCUCAAGGCCUGAACACCUGCGCUGAUAUUAAACUGUUUCAUAUUGUUCCUAAUGAAAGCCAUAAGGUCUUCAGGGAUCUUUUUUUUUUAAGGGAUGGGUUUACCCACUCCCUCCUGUUAAGUGCAUUGGAAGUUUUCCCCAAUUUUUGAUUCCAGCACAUACUAGGGUGCUAAUCAACUUUGAUUGGAUUUCUUUGUGAAUGCUGGCUGUACCCUGAUCAGCAUGGGGCUGUAGCUGGAAAGGAUGCUAACUUUAACUUUAAUACUGAAGGCUGUUAUUUUUUUAUUUUUUUUUAAUGUUUUUUUUUCCCCAAUGUUGCCAGAGGGAAUUCGAAACACUCAAAUAAGUCCCAUCCAAGUCAAAAAGGAGACAGGUUAUAAAAUGUGAUACAGCUGCAGUUUCCCUAGAGCGGAAUAGAGGUGUCAAAAACUGCUAGCUGUCAACAUUAAAAUCUAUUGAUACAGAGGGAGAGGGGGAAGGUUUGAUUAAAAUAUUUUUCUUGAUUUAUUAAUGAGGAUCGUCCUCAAGAUACUACAAACAAUCAGAGGGAUGCAAAGCACAAUAUGCUUUCACAGUACUGCUUUUAUAAAAGGGAUACACUGCAUCCCAGUCAGUAAUUGUAGCUGUUGUUUUAAUCUUUAAAUACAGUUCCUGCAACAGACAGCAGAGGGUGGUGUGCAAGCAGCAACAAGCUGUGAAGUACUGUAGUUACCUUUCCAGAGAUAUGAAAGGAGUAAUGGAAUGGUUUUAAAGUGUUCAUACUGCAUACCCGAAUCAAUAAUGCAUUGUUUGCCAAAUCCUUUCUAUGCACGCCCUGUUAAAACAAACACCUAAUUGUAAAGCUUGCAACCUUGAAUGGAAAUUGAGGUUUCCUCUGUGAAUAUAAAGGAAGAUCAUGCAGGUCAGGUUAGUUUCAGAUGGCUUGAGCAUUCACUACAUAUCCAGAGUUCCCAAAUCAUCUUCAUUCUUCUGCAGGAGUGCCCAUGGUUUUCCUGGAUCGUUCCUGGACUACUGUUCUUGUUAAUGGCAAACUCCUUGCCUCGCAUUCCCUGUUCAGCUGGUACAGCUUUUCAAAAAGCCUUCUCAAGAGUCCUGUAGAGUAUCAUAGAGGCACUGUAUCGAACUGAACUCAGAAAUAGCAUUCCUGCUCCAACAUUCCUCUUAAUUCAUUUCAAUCUUACUGAAAAGGAAAGUGUGUGUGUGUGUGUGUUCAGUUAUUCAGUACAGGUGGUUGAAAUGGUACUUUUCCUAACACUUAGGCUGUUGCCUAUAAUACUGUGCUGUACAUGGUAGCUGUUCCAUUUACACAUUACACCAGCUCAAGCCACAGGGACACAGUAAGGCUUAUUGGUGUGGUUCACCGUUUAUUUAUUGGUUUGUACUAAAAGAGAACAUUUUGUCUGCAGCUGUAUGUACACCUUAAGCUUAGGACAGGGAAUGAAAAGAUUGACUUUUGAGGUCUGUAUUGUUCGGUAUUGGCAAUGUUUCCAAUGUAUUUAUUUAACCAGGACAGAACCCUUGAGAUACACAUCUCAUUUCCAAAGGUGUGCUGGCAAGAGAAGAUUCUAUUGUCUGUAUCAUUCUAACACAUUGGGUUAUUAGGACUGGAGCACUGGAACUGGCAUGUAGUGUUUUUCUAAUUUGUUAAGUAAAUGUUGUGAUCGAUUGAAAGGAAUUCUGUAAAGUUAUCAGUUUUGCAAUACAUAAAUAUUGCAUGAACCAGUUUAUCUGUAUGCAGCUUUAUUUUCAGAUAUAACUAUAAUUGAAAGGAAUUCAUUUUGAUUCAUCUUUUAUUUAUUUUUUUUUUUAAGCACAGUGCGUGCACACCUUGUAAUGCCUCCCCAUGUAAACAGCUGAGCCUCAGCGCAGGCAUCAAGUGGAAGGUGCAUGUUAUUGAUCUGUUCAUGGCUGGCACAAUUUUAGAUUUGAACUGGGAAUUUGAGGUUUGUUGGUUACUUAUUUCAUAUCGUUACUACCGGAACUGUGGUAGUGAAGCAUCUGUGUAUGAAGUUGAUCAAGGGAGCUUGUAGUAUAAAGUGGGUCGUUUCACUCCAGUGAAUGGAUCCAAUUAUACUGUGCUGUCAAAAGAAAUAAAUAAUCCAAAUGCAGUUUAAGAGUUGUGAAGUGUGGGCUUUGAAAACGUAUAUGCAUUCUCUAACAGCACAAACUGAAUACUUACUGACACACAAACAAACUGCUUUGGGUCAGAAAUAUAACGCUGUCUCUCUCUGAAAAAAAAAGAAAAAAAGGUUACGCAGAUGUAUGUUUAACUUCUUUUAUAUUUCUGAUUUACUUUCUGACCAUAAAACCUCUAUUAACUCUUUCAACUCUGCAGAGCUGUUGUUAUGCCUGGGAAAGUGCAGACAGUUCAAGUACUGUAGCAUAGGGAAGAUAAACAGCAUAACAGUAAUAUAUUAUACUAAUAAGUAUAUCUUUAGCCCAUAUUAUUAGAUUUUCAGUUCAAGAUGCUAUUGAAUUAGCUUGGGUUUCUUUGCAGCUACUUAGUGCUGAAAUUGUCUUCAUUCCUGUAUGUAUAAUCACUGACAGUAUUUAUUCAGAACAUUAGCUUUAAUAUAGGGUAUAAGCAUAGAAUUCACAUGAAGUGCAGUACAGUUUUAGCAGUGAUAUGCACAGUCCGAUGACCCUCAUGCUGGUCUUCAAAGAUGAAUGGACACCAGUACUGUAGGCUUCUUGCAUGGGCUAUGGCUAUUAAAAGGUCUAUAUAAGCUGGGCCACAGUCACAUUUUAUUUUUAGGAAGUCAUUUAUUUAAAAUCCGUAGUAGUAAAGGGAUUAACAUGAAGCAACAACGUAUUAUACUGUACGCUACAAAUGCAAGUGAUGUACUUUUAGGAGCUCGGUAAGAAGCUUUUUUGCCAAUGCAAUAAUCGACUGUAUCCAUUGCUUAGUCAGUAACAUGGCGGCACAAAGUGUAUGAAAAAUGUACCUUUGUCAGGGAUUGGAAGUGGAAGAGUAAAACUUGAAUUGUGUUUUUUUCACAGGGUUUUAUUUUGUAAGUAAUUCCAGGUAUGACACUGAGAAAGAACAGUGCAUUUGCACAAUCAUAUCAGAAUCAUAUCAGAACUACGCCUUCUAUUUUCUAGUCACAAUGUUACUUUUCCAAUCGGUUGCCUUUAUUUUCCCCCUAAUUUGUCGACACAGGACUGAGUUUUAGGAAGUAAAUGCAUUUAUUUGACUCAGGCUGGUUUUAUUUUCUGGUAUUUAAAUGUGUGUUCUGUAUAUUUAGAAAUGCUAACAAUACGUUGUGUGCCGAGCACUGAAGGCACUUCUAUGUAAAUCAUUUGUCUUUCUUUACAUUGACUGUACGUGUAAACGGGAUCUGUUCGAGCCAACAGAAGUAAACUGCCAUUGAUUAAUGA